UUAGCAGCCAAGUUUGCUUCAGCUCCAGAAGGCUAGGCUGCCUGGCAGUGCUUCCAGUGAGCUUGCCUCCCAGAGCCCUGCCUUGUCUCAAAGAGAAGAGAACAAUGACCAAGUUACAGGAGGCCGUGACCUUCAGGGACGUGGCCGUGGUCUUCAGUGAGGAGGAGAUGGGGCUGCUGGACGCUGCUCAGAGGAAGCUGUACCUCGAUGUGAUGCUGGAAAACUUCAGGAACCUCCUGGCAGUGGGGGGCCAAAGUCCAAACAAGAUAGAGACUCUUCAUGCAACAGGAGUAAGGUGCCUUUCACUGGGACAGCUUCCAUGCUGGCAAAUGGCAAGCCAUGAUGUCAACAAACUGGCCAGAACUCCAGAAGACGUAAUAAACCCUCAAGGGAAGAGUUCCCACUUCCUGGAGCAGUGCCACAGGGGAGCAGAACAGCCUCCCUGGGCCUCUGAGGAUGAUGACUACCUUGAGAAAUUCACAAUCGACCAUUCCAGGAUUACUGAAAAUCAAGAAUUUCUGCCUGGGAGAGCUCAGAGUUCUUCGAGUAAAACACAUCUUAGUGAGAGACGUGACCAAUGGAAACACUGUCGUCAGACUCUGGUGAAAAACAACCCAAAGCUGUUGGCUCUGGGUGUUGACAUUCUGAGUUGCAUUUCCCAUCAAGAUAGCAAUAUAUUGCAUAAAAGAGGCAAAGUCCACAGCAGCGGUGACUGUGACGAAGUCAUCGAUCCCAUGUCAUCCCUCACCCAGGAUUGUGAUUACACAGAACAGAAGGCCUACCAGUGCAGCAAGGACCAAGAAGCCUUCAAUGACAGCUCUGUUCUGGAACUCCAUCAGCAGGUCUUCUUAGAAAUGAAGUCCCCUGUACGUAGUACACACAAGGACACCAGGCAUAGCUCCAGUGUCCCCAUUCAACCAAGUGCUCAUCCAGGAAGAAAGCACUACUGGUGUCACACUUGUGGCAAGGCUUUCAGUCAGAGCUCAGCACUUCAGACUCACCAGAGAGUGCACACGGGGGAGAAGCCCUACCAGUGCGACCACUGUGGGAAGGCCUUCAGCCGCAGCUCGGAUCUCAACAUCCACUGCCGAGUACACACCGGAGAGAAACUUUACAAGUGUGAUGUGUGUGGAAAGGGCUUCACAAAGUGGGACCACCUCCAGAUACACAAGAGAACUCACACAGGAGAGAAGCCAUAUAAGUGUGGAGACUGUGGCAAACGCUUCAGCUGUAGCUGGAACCUUCACACCCACCAGAGAGUCCACACUGAGGAGAAGCCGUACAAGUGUGAGGAGUGUGGGAAGUGUUUCAGCUUGAGCUUCAACCUCCACAGCCAUCAGCGGGUCCACACAGGAGAGAAGCCAUAUAAAUGUGAAGAGUGUGGGAAGGAUUUCAGUUCAGCCUCAAGUUUCCAAAGACACCAGCGGGUCCAUACAGGAGAGAAGCCAUUUUGCUGCAGUGUGUGUGGAAAGAGCUUCAGUCAGAGCUCCAAUUUUCAAGCCCACCAGAGAGUUCAUACCAGGGAAAAACCAUAUAGAUGUGAUGUGUGUGGGAAGCAUUUCACCUGGAGCCUUCACAAUCACCAGAGAGUCCACACAGGAGAAAAACCAUAUAUGUGUGUGGAGUGUGGGAAAGGCUUCAGUCAUGCCUCAGGUCUGCAGGCUCAUCACAGUGUCCACACAGGCGAGAAACCAUUCAAAUGUAAUGUGUGUCAGAAAAGGUUCCGUCAGGCCUCAAUGCUCCAGGACCAUGAGAGGGUACACACAGGGGAAAAGCCCUACAAAUGUAACACAUGUGGGAAAGUCUUCAGUCAGAGGUCCGGUCUCCAAGUCCAUCAGAGAAUUCACACCGGGGAGAAGCCAUUCAAGUGUAAGGAGUGUGGGAAAGAAUUCAGAUGGAGCUCAGGGCUUAGUUCCCACCAGAGGGUCCACAAAGAAGAGAAACCCUACAUGUGUCAGCAGUGUGGGAAGGGCUUCAGUCAGGCCUCACACUUCCACACACAUCUGAAAAGCCAUACUACAGGGAGGACCUAAAUCUUCAGCAUCUACUAUAAGGGCUUCAGUCAGAGAUCACAUCUUGUCUACCACUAGAGGGUCCACAGUGCAAGGACCCCUAUGUUUGUUCUGCACUCAGCAAUGUUCUCACGAAGCCCUUCCUCCCCCAGCUCGCUUCCCAGAGCCCUGCCUUGUCUCAAAGAGAAGAGAACAAUGACCAAGUUACAGGAGGCCGUGACCUUCAGGGACGUGGCCGUGGUCUUCAGUGAGGAGGAGAUGGGGCUGCUGGACGCUGCUCAGAGGAAGCUGUACCUCGAUGUGAUGCUGGAGAACUUCAGGAACCUCCUGACCGUGGGAUGCCAGAGUCCAAAUAAGAUGGUACCUCUUGACAUAACAGGAAUAAGGUGCCUUACACUGGGGAAGCUUCCAUGCUGGCGAAUGACAAGCCAUGAUGUCCACAAACUGGCCAGAGCUCCAGAAGACGUAAUAGACCCUCAAGGAAAGGGUACUCACCUCCUGGAGCAGUGCCACUCCUCCUGCCAUGGGGGAGCAGAACAGCUUUCUCAGGCCGCCAAGGAUGAUGGCUGUGUUGAGAGUCUCACAGUCGACCAUUCCAGCACUAGUGAAAAUCAGAAAUUUCUGUCUGGGAGAGAUCAGAGCUCUUGGAGUAAAACAGAUCUUAGUGAGAGAUGGAGCCAUGGGAAACACUAUCCUCAGACUCUGGUGAAAAACAACCCACAGCUGUCGGCUCCAGGUGUUAACAUCCUGGGUUGCAUUUCCCACCACGAUAACAAUAUACUACAUAAAAGAGACAAAGUCCACAGCAGCGGUGACUGUGAUAAAGUCAUUUUUCCCAUGACACUCCUCACCCAGCAUGGUGUUUACAGAGAACAGAAGGCCUACCAGUGCAGCAAGGGCCAAGAAGCCUUCAGGGACAGCCCUAGUCUGGAAGUCCAUCAACAGACCCUCUUAGGAAAGAAGUCUUCUGUACAUAGUACUCAUGAGGACACCAGGCAUAGCUCCAGUGUCCCCGUUCAACAAAGUGUUCAUCUAGGAAUGAAGCGCUACUGGUGUUAUGAGUGUGGCAAAGGUUUCAGUCACAGCUCAACUCUUCAGACUCACCAGAGAGUGCACACGGGGGAGAAACCUUACAGGUGCAACAGCUGUGGGAAGGGCUUCAGCCGCAGCUCGGAUCUCAACAUCCACCGCCGAGUACACACUGGAGAGAAACCCUACAAAUGUGAGGUGUGUGGGAAGGGCUUCACUCAGUGGGCACACCUCCAGAUACACAAGAGAACUCACACAGGAGAGAAGCCAUAUAAGUGUGGAGACUGUGGCAAACGCUUCAGCUGUAGCUCGAACCUCCACACCCACCAGAGAGUCCACACUGAGGAGAAACCUUAUAAGUGUAACGAGUGUGGGAAAUGCUUCAGCUUAAGUGGCAACCUAGAUAUCCACCAGCGGGUCCACACAGGAGAGAAGCCAUAUAAAUGUGAAGAGUGUGGGAAGGGUUUCAGUUCAGUCUCAAGCUUCCAAAGCCACCAGCGGGUCCAUACAGGAGAGAAGCCGUUUCACUGCAACGUGUGUGGGAAGAGCUUCAGUCGGAGCUCGCAUUUUCUAGAUCACCAAAGAAUUCACACUGGGGAAAAACCAUAUAGAUGUGAAGUGUGUGGGAAGCGCUUCCCCUGGAGCUUGAGCCUUCAUAGUCACCAGAGUGUUCACACAGGAGAGAAACCUCAUAAAUGUGAGGAGUGUGGGAAAGGCUUCAGUCAUGCCUCAAGUCUGCAGGCCCAUCACAGUGUCCACACCAGUGAAAAACCGUUCAAAUGCAAUGUUUGCCAGAAGCAGUUCAGCAAGACCUCGAACCUCCAGGCCCACCAGAGGGUGCACACCGGGGAGAAGCCCUACAAAUGUGACACCUGUGGGAAAGCCUUCAGCCAGAAGUCCAGUCUCCAAGUCCAUCAGAGAAUUCACACUGGGGAGAAGCCGUUCAAGUGUGAGGAGUGUGGGAAGGAAUUCAGGUGGAGCGUGGCACUUAGUUCUCACCAGAGAGUCCACACAGGAGAGAAACCCUACACGUGUCAGCAGUGUGGGAAAGGUUUCAGUCAGGCCUCGUAUUUCCGUACACACCAGAGGGUCCACACUGGAUAGAGGCCCUAAAACUGCAGCAUUUGCUGUAAGGGCUGUAGUCAGAAAUCACAUCUUGUCUUCCUUCAGAGGAUCCACACUACAUGGACUUUUUAGUUUCUGCUGUCAGGGGGGCUCUAUGCUGCUGACUGUUAAAAGUACCCCUAACACAUACCCCCAACACACAGAGGCCUCAAGAGACUUCAUAGGGGCUUUAUCUUAGUAUUUUGCCCUCAACUUAUUCUCCUACUGUACUCAUUAUGCCAAGGGAAGAGAGUAUUUUAAAAUGGAUCUUCUUAGCAUACAAAUAAAGUAAAAGAAUUAAAAAGCAUAUAUAGAAAAGGAUUCUGAUUUGAUUAUAAAAGGAAAAAUUGGCAAUUGUGAGGAACAGACCCAACAGGAAUUGUAGGGCAUGAUACUAAUGCUGAGAUUAUAUCAUUAUGUGUAAUCAAUAAAGAUUGGCAAAGAGCUUGUAGCAACUGUUUAGGAGAAAUUAACAACAAAUAUCCUAAAGGCAAGUAACUUCAGUUUAUAUAAAGUAAUUGGAUUCACCCCAUAUUGUAUAAAACAUCAAUUCCUGAAGCCCUUACAUUUUAUACUGAUGCAGAUAAGUUGGAAAUGGUUGGUUAUAAUUCAGGAAAAAAUAAGCAAAGUCAUUCAAAGCC